GAAAAAAGGACAAUAUUGACUUCAUUGUAGAAACAGCAGCACCUUUCUACAGCCUCAAUUUCCCAAAAGGCAUUUCGGUUUGCGUCACUGUGUUGUUGCGGAAGUGCCAGGAAACGCUGUGCUGUUAAUACUCUGACAGUUGAAUUAAUUUCUUCAGACCAGAUAAUUUCUCGCAGGUUUUGUGUUUAUAGCGCCGUCAUAUUCGUCCAAAAAACAAAAACGUGAGUUAUGGCAGCUCUAAAAUACGCCGGUAUGGACGACACAGACAGUGAGGAUGAGUUACCUCCUGGAUGGGAAGAAAGAUCUACGAAAGAUGGUUGGGUCUACUAUGCAAACCAUGAUGAGAUGAAGACACAGUGGGAACACCCAAAGACAGGAAAGAAAAAGCGUUGUGCUGGAGAUUUACCGUAUGGUUGGGAGCAAGAAACAGAUGAAAAAGGACAAAUAAUUUAUGUUGAUCACAUUAACAAGCGGACCACAUAUUUUGACCCGCGGCAGGCAUUUACAGUAGAGGAUGUGGUGGUGAAGCCAAAACGUUAUGAUGGAAACACAUCUGCUCUGGAGAUCCUGCAGGGUCGUGAUCUCUCUGACAAAGUUGUCCUCAUCACUGGAGCCAACGCUGGCAUUGGCUUUGAGACAGCCAGGUCUUUUGCUCUUCAUGGUGCCCAUGUGAUCCUGGCGUGUCGAAACCUGUCCCGGGCCAGCAAGGCAGUUAGCCUCAUUCAGCAGGAGUGGCAUAAAGCCAGAGUAGAAGCCAUGAUGUGUGACCUGGCCUCUCUCCGCAGUGUCAGGGAGUUUGCAGAGUCUUACAAGGCCAAGAAAUUGCCCAUUCACAUUCUGGUGUGUAAUGCAGCAGUGUUCGCUCAGCCCUGGAGCUUCACGGAGGACGGCCUCGAGUCCACAUUCCAGAUCUGCCACCUUGGCCACUUCCUGCUUGUCCAGUGUCUACAGGACGUGCUGCGUCGCUCGGCCCCCGCCCGUGUUGUGGUGGUGUCUUCUGAGAGCCACAGGUUCACAGACCUGUUUGACUCCUGUGGCAAGGUGGACUUGGCCCUGCUGUCCCCCGCAAAGAAGGAGUACUGGUCCAUGCUGGCUUACAAUCGCGCCAAACUCUGUAACAUCCUCUUCAGUAACGAACUCCACCGCCGGCUCUCUCCUCACGGUGUCACCUCCAACGCAUUGCAUCCUGGGAACAUGAUGUACACCUCCAUUCACCGGAGCUGGUGGCUGAUGACCUUUCUCUUCACUCUGGGCAGGCCGUUCAGCAAGAGUAUGCAACAAGGGGCGGCCACCACGGUGUACUGCGCCGUAGCUCCGGAGCUGGAGGGUUUAGGCGGCAUGUACUUCAACAACUGCUUCCGGUGUGUGCCGUCCACCCAGGCCCAGGACCAGAGCUGCGCUGCCAGCCUGUGGGAGCUGAGCGAGCGCCUGGUUGCGGAGAGGUCAGCAGGCAUACAGGCCCUCUGAUGGACAGAGGAGGAGGA